AAGUGUCCGGACUGGAAGGGGGGAAAGUGUCCGGACUGGAAGGGGGUGAAAGUGUCCGGACUGGAAGGGGUGAAAGUGUCCGGACUGGAAGGGGGGGAAAGUGUCCGGACUGGAAGGGGUGAAAGUGUCCAGACUGGAAGGGGGGGAAAGUGUCCGGACUGGAAGGGGGUGAAAGUGUCCAGACUGGAAGGGGGGGAAAGUGUCCGGACUGGAAGGGGGGGAACGUGUCCGGACUGGAAGGGGGUGAAAGUGUCCGGACUGGAAGGGGGUGAAAGUGUCCAGACUGGAAGGGGGGGAAAGUGUCCGGACUGGAAGGGGGUAAAAGUGUCCGGACUGGAAGGGGGUGAAAGUGUCCGG